CCGCAUCCUUUCAACUCACAUGCCAAUGUUUUAGUUCGUUCCUACAUCUUGAACCGCAUGAAGGACAUUGUUUCCUCCUACAACCAUGUCUCCCUGAAUUUCGACCUUUCUUCAAAUGCAUCUUGGGCUUCAGGACUCCUCUCCAUGAACUCUUACGCAGUAUAUUAUGAUUCUGGCAAUGUAUUGCUCCAGGUCGAGGAGAGUGACGAGGAGUAUCAAGAGUCAGGCGGGCUUUUGCUCAGUGCACACUGGGACUCUGUCAGUACCGCUCCUGGUGCCACAGAUAAUGGUAUGGGCGUGGUGACGCUGUUGAGCAUGGUGAAGUACUUUGCAGAGAACAGGCCCAGCCAGACGGUGGUGUUCAACAUCAAUAAUGGCGAAGAGGACGGCUUGAAUGGAACGCACGUGUACGCUGUAAUUUUGCCUUUUGCCUUUGCUUUGCACUCACUCAUCUCACUGCCAGUUUCAUAG